AGACCUAAUAUAAAGGGCAAAUCUAGAAGGUUUGUAAUAAAGAUAUUUUUUAUUUCUACAUUUUACCAUCACAAAGGACUCCCUCAUUCAUCUUAAAGAGCGCAAAGAAGACAUGUCUAGAACAAAAAACAGUGAGGGGAAUGUGCUAAAGCGUGUGGCAAAACUGCCACUCAUCAGCUCAGCGCUGCAGCAGGCCUCUUCUGUCUACAUGGGCGUGAAAGGUCGUUACCCGCUGCUCGGGUUUGUAGGAGGUGUAGCAGAGCUAGGUGUCCGUAGUGCAUCCACAGCAGCCCUGAAACAAGCAGCACCUCUGCUACAGAACCUAGAACCAGAAAUUGAGGCAGUGAACCGUUUUGCACUGGUGGGUUUAGAGCAACUAGAGAAGUUUUUCCCGAUUCUCCAACAGCCCACAGAUGAGGUGGGUCUAAUGCAGUUGAUGGCGAUGGUGGAGUCCCUGCUGCAGCUGCUUCUGUCAUUUUACACGAGUCAGGUGCAUCGCGUGGAGGAGCUGCGUUCUCUUCUUGAGGCUCAGCUCAUGUCAGGUAUACAGGCACUGAAGGUUUUGCCCCCUGUACAGCAGAUACUGGCUCUGCCUAUCCAGGUACGCACUAUCAUGAAUGACCUACUGGAACUGGGACAGAUUCUCAUACAGUUGCUCAUCAACACCACCCCACUCUAUGACCUGGUAAAACAGGUUUCUGAUCUCGAUGCAGCAAACAAUCCAAUUUCAGGUGAACUUCCUGAGAGUCCCUCCAGCCGUGCCUCUGCAAACAGCCUCUUCCUCAAGGCCAUGGACGGUCGCCCGCGUCGCCGCAGAAGCCUUUACGCCCGCUCCCGUCGCGGGUCUGCCAGCGGGCUGCCAUCAAGCCCAGCUCUCUCCCCAACUCCUACCCCAGUCCCAAAUGGCCGUAAAGGCAGUUUGAAGCUAGAUUCCCAGCCUUCAGGCACUCCAGAAAUUGAUACACUGGCUGUGCCCACCACUGAUAUGAUCCGCCGUCGUUCCUCAGCAACCGAGGUCCUGCUGGCUCCCAUUAUGCAGUUAGUAACACAGAGCCAACGGGCGUUUGAGUUUCUGAGCUCUGGCCCUUCAUCUGAAGAUCAGGUCAUACCUGUGGUGGAAACCACAGAACAUUAGGCUCCACUUUUCUCAAACGUAAUCAGAGCAUUCAAACGCAGAUCGCUGCAUCUCACAGGCUGUUAUGGAUAGUACAGCAAACAUACCUUCAAACAACAAUCCAUACAGUGGCUUCUGUAGUAGGCCUACAAAAACAAAUCUGGUGACUAAUUAUUAAAUAGCAUCAUUAGCCGAGCAUUCAGUACGUGUAGAUGGUUUAAAAUAAAGCAUUGUUUUAGUUACUUGGAAUCAAAACAGUACAUAUUUGCACUCUGAAGUGCCGUUUGGGUAUGCAGUAUUUUUUUAGCUUUGAAUGCCUGUUUCUAGAAGUUAGGACAAAAAAAAACAACUUAACAAAUGAGCAGAAAUGACAGAGCACCUUUUUUCUAUAUAUAUUAUUAUUAAUAGCAUGUAACACAUUUUGUUUAGACCAAAUAAAACUGUUUCUAUUCUUCAGCUUUCUUAGUUCUUAUACACUAUAAGCAGUUUUUAAUCUGUAGACUGUCAAUGAAUGACUGAUAGUUAGAUCAGUGCACUGAGAGAAACAAGAUGAUGCAAGGAUUCUGAUCAGUUGGAAAUUAAACGUUUGAAAAUUGGUUUGACAUGCAGUCCAAGGUCACUCAUGUUUAAUCGAGAGGAGAGGAUAAGAUGCUGUUAAUGUUACUUUGAUUAUUCAUGGUGUGUUUUAUGCUUUAAGAUCAAGGAUGUGUAAUUACUGAGUGAGAAACAAAGUGAAGUGUGUUAUACAUAGACAGGCAUGUAAUGUCACUAAAUGGUGUUUAGUGACUUCGAAGACAUUUAUCCUAACAGCCUUUGUC